CGGGGUCACGUGACAGAACCAGAAUCGGAACGGUCUUACGUCACUUACUUACGUGACCGCUGGAGAUUUGCCCUUUUCUACUUUAGAAACUGGACGAUUCACACUUUCAGACUGAGAUUUGCAGAAGUACAGUGAAGGUGAUGGCGACGCUAGUGAUGAGAAACUGCACUGAGGCUUUUGUGCCUCAUCCUGAAGAAGAAGAAAAAAAAGAAUAUCAUUCAUGCAGUAAAGGGGACGACGACGUCCUGCAGCGUGAAGAGAAAUACUUGUCUCAUGGAGAGAUUUAUGCAUUUCCUGGUCCUCUGAUGAGGGCUAAUAUGCAGAAGGACGAGCUGAUGAAGUUUAUCCAGCAGAAAUGUCAGGAGUGUUUGCUUCACCUGGACGAUCCUCAGCAACAGAAAUCCUAUUUCUUCUGGACCAUUAUGGAACAUUUCCAUAAGAAAAAUGGAAGAGUAAUGAUGGCUGAAAUCGGCGCGCUGCUCUUCAAGGGCUACAGCCUUCUGAGGAGAAAGCUGCAACAUGUGGAGAACCAGGAGAACUGGUGUCUUCGUCUGGCGCGGUUUUUAUGCUCCGCUACUCCAGAUGAUCGACACAGAAAAGACAUUAUAAAUAUGGGAGACAGGUUUGCCUCCAGAGGAUGGACCUUUGCAGCACACAUCUGCUACGUGGUGGCGCAAGUGGAUCUGGGAUCACAGCCACGAUUUAAACUGAUUGGAUGUAACAGUUUGCCAGAAAAGAAAUCAGCCACAAGGGAGGCGAUCGAGAGAACUGAGGUCUACGAGUACCUGCUGUCUCUGAGCUCAGGGUUCGGCCAGAAGCACUUCCAGGAAUACAAGUGUAUUCAUGCCUAUGAGCUAGCCGAGGUUGGACUUGAUGCUAUGGCGCUGGAGUACUGUGAGGUCAUCGCUACAACGGUCCUCAGAUUCCCUAAGCACAUCCAGAGCAUUGUGCUGGAAUGGCUAAUAUCGCUCUCUAAGAAGCUGCUUCAAAGGAAGAAAGCAGAAGAACCCGAGUGGCUGAUGAAACUUCGCCAGCUGCUGAAAGACAAAGCAGAAAUUCGUAGCUCUCCUGAUAAACCAAAUUGCACCAGCUCUGAUUCUGAGGAACAUCUGGAGUUCGACCCUUCAGUUCACAGUGAGUUUAAUUCACGGUACACUGUGGGAGAGCUGCUGGGGACAGGAGGCUUCGGCUCAGUCUUCGCUGGAGUCCGUAAGGCAGAUGAACAACCGGUGGCCAUCAAAGUGAUGACCAAAGAUCCCCAUGAUAUAUUCAUCGCCAUCCCCGGAGAGACGCUCAAGCUCCCUCUAGAGGUGGCGUUAAUGAAGAUGGUGUCCAAGCCUCCUUCUUGUGAGAACAUGGUGGAGCUGCUGGAAUGGUUCGAGACGUCUGAUAUCUACAUCUUGGUGCUGGAGCGCCCCGUCCCCUGCAUGGACCUCUAUCGGUUCUGUAAGCUUAACAACCGUCGACUGUCUGAAUCGGUGGCUCGAGAGGUCAUGAGGCAGGUGGUUCAGGCUGCUCAUCACUGCUGUUUACGUGGAGUUCUUCACCGUGACAUCAAGCCUAACAAUAUUCUGAUCAAUCCUGACACGCUUUUGGUGAAACUGAUCGACUUUGGCUGUGGGGAUUUGUUGAUAUAUGAGCCCUACAGGGAGUAUGCAGGCACUGAUGGUUACUAUCCUCCUGAGUGGGUUCUCCAAAGAGAGUAUUUCGGCGUUCCUGCUACUGUCUGGAGUCUGGGUAUAGUCCUUUAUGAACUGGUCCAUGGAGAAUUGCCCUUCAUGAGCGAUGAAGAGCUUACUGAUGGACGACUGUGCUUCCAUUCUGGUGUGUCUGAGGAGUGCUGCGAUCUGAUUCGCCUCUGCCUGGAACAGGACCCUUCUUCUCGGCCAGGUUUCAGUGAAAUCCAGGCCCACAAGUGGUUUAAGAAGGAAAGUCAGGACUCAGUCCAAGACCCCUCCUGCUGACUAGGAUCUGGUAACAACAGACAGACAGACAGAAAGACAGACAGACAGAAAGAAAGAAAGAAAAAAGAACUAGAAAAAUGAAGUAACUUCUUAGAAAAUGAAAAACGCCCCUGCCCCUCCCUACACACUCCCAGUGACCGACUCUGUCAGACCUUCUUAUGUUAGUCUCCUCCUGUAGCGUCGGUGUACUCCAGCUGAUUCUUUAAUGGAAGCUGUUGUUCUGCCCACUUCACACUUAGAAAGAUCCCAGAAUGCCUCGCUGUCAUCAGCACAAGGCCUGAGUGCUCCACUGUUGAAGCACAAGGUCAUGCUGUGGCAGAUUUUUGCUGCUCUUGUGUUUUUGUGUGUUUUUUCAGGACCUGCGAAUACACCUCCCUCCUGCAGCUGUGAUGGAGAAACAGAUGUUUGCUGCUGGUGUCUUUGGCAUCAUCUCAGGUGGACAGAUAUAAAAGGAUCGCGCUUCUACAGGAUUCUGACCUCAGACGUCACU